AUGGACGUAUUCGUGGUGGAGAUUCCCAACGCACCCCAACACCACCCUCACUUUCAGUCUGAAUCUUCGUCCACCAACACCAAACGCAAAAAACAACAUCAACGACAACAUGUUCUCAUCCCAGGUCUACCCGACCACAUAGCCCAAUCGUGUCUUUCCUCUGUCGACCCUUCUCUUUUGUUCUCAAUUUCUCACACAUGGCGUCGUCUAAUAUACUCUCCUUCUUUUCCUCCGUUCUUCUCUCUCUAUGCGAUUCUCUCAGCCCCCAAAUCCCACACCUACAUCGAAUUCCACACCUUCGACCCCAUCUCCCACACGUGGCGCCUCCUUCCACCGCACCCGCCCCUCCACCAUCUCCUCCUCCGCCACCCCUCCUUCCUCUCCCGCAGCCUCUCCGUCCAGUCCGUCUCGGCCGCCGACCGCCUCAUUCUCGUCGCCGCCACCACACAUAACCUCUCUCCCGCCCUCCCCCGCCCGCUCAUCUUCCACCCCCUCUCCGGCACCUGGUCCUUCGGCCCCACGCUCGCCACGCCGCGCCGAUGGUGCGCCCUCGGCGCCCUAGGCCCCACCGUCUACGUCGCCAGCGGCAUCGGCGCCCACUUCUCUAUCCACGUCGCCCGCUCCCUCGAAAAAUGGGACGUCCGAAACCCUAACCCCGGCGUCUGGGAGAAGAAGACCUACCUCAAGGACGGCCGCUUCAGCAGAGAGGCCAUCGACGCCGUCGGAUGGCGGCAAAAGCUUUGCAUGGUCAACGUCAAAGGGGAUGCAGCCAAGGAAGGCGCCGUGUACGACGUGGUGGAGGACGCGUGGAAGGACAUGCCGGAGGGGAUGCUCUACGGCUGGAGAGGACCCGUCGCCGCCAUGGAAGAAGAAAUCAUGUACGUCGUCGACGAAGCAAAGGGUGUGCUUAGAAGAUACAUAGCCGAAGAAGACUCUUGGGAAGAGAUUCUCGAGAAUGAGAGACUCAAAGGCGCUGAACAACUCGUCGCGCAAAGAGGAAAACUUUGUGUCGUUUCGGCUUCCGGGAUCUCCGUUGUGGAUGUCGCCGUGGCGCCGCCUCGGAUCAUACCGAUUCUACUGCCGGAAGGGUUAGAGCCGGUGGCGGUUCACGUCUUGCCGCGGAUGCCAGUCGGUCACUGA